UCUUAGACCCCUGUUUUUUCCUUUUCUUUUCAAGCAAGAACAAAAAGGUUGAAAACUUUGAUUUAUUUACUUGAAUACCCUGCAAAAUUUUACUGUUGAUUUUACUCUCAUUUCCUUUUCUCAUACGAUUUUUUCUCUUUUAAUCUCUAUUUUUACAUUGAUUUUUAUAUCGGUUUUUCACAUUAUUUUCUAGACUCGGUUUUGUUUUAUUUUAUUUUAUAUUUAUUUUACCCAUUUGUACCAACACUCUGUUUCUCAAUUUUGUUCCCUUUCCUUUCGUUUCUAUUUGUAUUUAUUUAUUUAGCCUUCAACUUACAUUUAUUUUUUAUAUAUGCAAGCACAGACAAUUGUGUUUGUUGUGGUCGCUAUCAGCGUAACAGUGCUGACCAUAUCACUAAUGUUCGUAGUGCGCAAGUUCUUCGUGCCCACUUCGCAUCCAUCCGAGCAGUACUCAGGCAGCACAACCACCAUCAGCGCACAAGAGAGGCGCCGUCGCGUGUUGCAGUUUCGGCCGAGCAACCGGCCGGUCAAGCCCUACAACCCAUUCAGCAAAAAUGAGCUGCAACUUCUCCCAAUAAUGGUACUGACACAAUCCAACAUUGACCUAAUAAAUGGCACAAUAGCGGCAGAAAGCGAUGAAAAGCAGGAGCAACAGCAGCGCAAGUCGUUUGAAAUUGAACAUGACAACCUGCGGUAUGCAUCCCCUGAGUGCAGUAUUUGUCUGGUAUCGUAUGAGGCAGAAGACCUUGUGCGUGCGCUUUCGUGCAACCACACGUAUCAUGCCGACUGUAUUGAUGUUUGGCUUACUGAGCGCAGUGCCCGGUGCCCGAUUUGCAAAAUGGAUUGCCGCGAGGCUUUGGGUUUGGAGCGUCGGUUGCGAAAGGCAAAGUCAGAGACAGCUGUUGAACAGUCAUCUGGUAACGCCGAUUCCGAUGCCAUGACUCAUCAUGCUAUCGAUAUACCCUCCCCGCCGCCCGCUGCCCUGCUUUCUCCAAUUACACUGUAGAUUGGUGUUUAAAAAUAAAAAACAUUUACCAUUGUUUAUUUAUCGUAGUACAAAUUAGAGAAA